GCUGCUAAACGCUCAGACUGCAGGUAACUCAAACUGUGUAGUCUGAUUGGCUGUGGGACACAGGAAGGAUCCAUCCACAUCGGACAGGGUUUGGUAAAAGAUCAGUUCCAGACUACAGCUGACACCCACAGUGAGAAAAACCAUUACAAACAUACACUAGAAGUCAUCUACUGAGUAAUUAAUGUCUCAGUCACCAACCACAGAGGGGAGAGAGAUGCUCUGUCAGGGCUUUUCUCUGGAAAGCAGCAGGGCAGAGCACACUGGAGGCCUUGAUGGAGGCAGCGGGUCUUUAAACAAGCCUGAGAAUUGCAGUUUUCCCUCAGACAUAUCUCCAGCUCUCAGAUUGGUGGCUUUAAGGCGCACAUGGGAUUUGAAAAACAAUCACUUCGCAGCGCCCAAAUUGAAAAUCUUCUUGCCACCUGGACUUCAGGAAGAUAACUCAAACUCGUCUGCACAAUGUGAUCCAGAUAAAAGCAAAGGAGGAGAAGAGAAUGCGGUUGGGGAGGAAUUGCAGAGUGAACGAUUCCAGUCAAAGUACAUUCAUAUUUGCCCACUGUAUCAGGAUUACUGUCUGCAGACAAUGAAAGAUGAUCUACACAGACUCAAAGACGGUUUGUUGUCUGAACUGAUAACUCCCAAGUAUCUGCAAAGCCUGCAGACACCGAUGACUCGUGCUGAAAGCCCUCAGCGAAGCACUCGUCAUGCAACUCCUCGAUCUCAGCCUAUUAGGGUGACUCCAUUUACACUCUGGCAAGACCUGGAUGAGGUGAAGGCAUCUGGUCUACUCAGCAGCUUGACAGCCAGAGAGAUUCGCCUUCAAGAGACCAUGUUCGAGCUCAUCGGCUCAGAAGCAUCUUACCUAAGGAGCCUCGGCGUGGCCGUAAAUCACUUUUAUAAGUCACAGGAACUGAAGCAGACUCUGUCUCAAACAGAACAUCACAUUUUGUUUUCCAAAAUUCAACACGUGAUGGUGGCCAGUGAAAAGUUUCUUACGGAUUUGGAAAGCCGACUGGGAGAGAAUGUGUUGAUCUCUCAAGUUGGCGACGUCGUCCUCCAGCACUGCAAACAUUUCCAGAAUCUCUAUGUGCCGUAUGUGACGAAUAUGAUGUACCAAGAGGCCCUUAUCAACGAAAAGCAGCAGCACAACAGAAUUUUUCUGUAUACCCUGAAGAAACUCGAGAGUGACCCAGUGUGUCAAAGGAAGACCCUCAAGUCCUUCCUUGUCCUUCCCUUCCAGAGAAUUACUCGCAUUAAGCUUCUGCUGGAGAGCAUCCUGAAACUGACUGAGCCAGACUCUGACUCGGUUUCAAACCUCAAAAAAGCGAUAGACGCUAUUCAUGAGAUAGUGACAGAGUGUGACAAGGGGGUCCGAAAAAUGAAACAGAUUGAGGAGCUGGUCUGCCUCGAAAUGCUGCUGGAUUUUGGAAAAGUUAAGUCAGUUCCUCUGGUCACAAGCAAGCGUUUCCUGGUGCACCACGGAGCCCUGAAACAGCUGAACAAGGAGAGCACUUAUAACUUAAGAAUGUCAUUCGUCGGCGUCUACCUCCACCUCUUCAAUGACCUUUUGAUCGUCUCUAUGAAAAAAGAUGAGCGCUUUAAAGUGAAGGAUCAUGCUCAAUUCCCAGAACACGUGAGCGUUCAGCCUGUGAAGGCUGAAGUCCUGGGUCUGCCCUCAUACUCCUUCCUGCUACAUCUCUCUAAAACUCAAACAGGACAUCCAACUGCAAUGAUAAUUGCUACAGACACAAGGUCGGAGAAAGAAGCAUGGAUGAAGGCGCUGUCAUCGAGACACUGACCUUUCAGCAGCUUUUAGAUUUUAAAGAUGAAACUUGGCUACAUGUAACUGACAACUGAAACAAUGUUAACUUGUUCACUUUAAGGUUCAUCUGUGGUUCAGUCUACACUUUGCACUGUUCUUGGUGAAGAUGCACUCAGUGUGCUUUGUGUUCAAAUGUCCACUAACCUCACGAUGAGCUAGAUCAUCGCUACAGACGCUUUUGUUGUUUCUGACUU